CUUCCAUGCAUAAGUUCGUGGAUGUUGGUGGUGACGUUAAAUUUCACUAGAAAACCAGAUUAAUUAGCGAGAUAGCAAAAGAAGUCCAAGACAGCACCUCGUGAUUCAUUUCGUUUUCAUUGCAAAAGCUGGAAAAAGUAUUGCACGAAUGCAAUUGAAAUUAAUGUUCCACAUCAGAGUGAGUGAGGCGUGAUCGUUAUACUUGUACAUAUUCAAUUUCACCCCGAUUAUACCUGCAAAUUCUUAAAUCAAGGAAUCACCAGCACUUAAAAUCAACUUGAAAUGGCUACCGUACCACUGAUGUUCGCGGAAGAGGAUAUUGAGGGAGGGGGCAAAGAAGAAUCAUCAAAUGGAAUAGAAAACGACUUUGCAUAUAAUAACAAUGUGCAAAAUGCUAAUAUUAAAAUACGAAUGGCUUUUUUGCGUAAAGUCUAUGGUCUCUUGAGUGUUCAGUUGCUCAUGACCAUUGUUGUCGCAGCCAUAUGUAUGCUGAGCAAGCCUGUUAAAUUGUUCAUACACCAAAACGAAUGGAUGGUUGGAUUGUCAUUCUUCAUGACCCUUGGAUUUAUGAUGGCAUUGAUCUUCAAGAGAAGAGAGCAUCCCAUGAAUUUGAUUCUUCUGGGUGCAUUUACUUUAGUUCAAUCGUACACAGUUGGGGUUAUUGUUACGAUGUACGACCAAGCAAUUGUCUUAGAGGCUUUACUUAUCACGUUGACGGUGGUUGCUGGCUUAACAGCUUAUACGUUUCAAACAAAAAGAGACUUUUCGUUUUUAGGUUUUGGAUUGUUCGCUGGUCUAUGUGCCCUCCUGGUUGGUGGAAUUCUUCAAAUUUUCGUACAAAGUACUGGAUUUGAGUUGCUGCUCGGUAUAGGGGGUGCUCUGCUGUUUUCGAUGUUCAUUAUAUUUGAUACACAACUUUUAAUGCGCACAUUGUCACCUGAAGAGUAUAUUUUGGCAACCAUUAAUCUGUACAUGGAUAUCAUUAAUUUAUUCCUGUAUAUUCUCAGAGCUUUGGCUGCUUCUAGGCAAUAACUAAUGCUCAUGAGAGUUCAAAACUUUUUCCAAUUUAUCAUAAUAUUUAGUGCUUGAUUGCGAAGAUAAAAUGUUCCGUUCUAAUUAUGGUAAACAUUUCCUGUCGCACUUUUUUGCCACCUUAUACGCACUUGUGUUAAGCCUCUUACACGAAUAACGUGUCGUAUUUACUUAUGUAACUUGACUACAAAUCUUAACUCACGGUAGAGCUGACAAGGUUGUUUAGGUAUAUUUUUCAAAUACAAAAUCGGUCACCCAGCUCGAAUUGUUCCUUUUUCUCCAGUAUAAAUACUGAUGUCUAAAUCAAUCGAUCGAGUAUGCAUUUGUUACUCAUAUUUCGACAGUAUUUAUCAAAACGACACUUUAUGGCGAAGAUGACUUUUACGAAGGUUUACUUCACUACUUGCGCACUGGUACAAUAAAUCGAGUUUGCACAUAACUUCUGCCAUGUGCGAUUCUUUUAGGUACUGUCCAAAUUGUUCAAACUUAUGACUCACAUUUUUAGGUAUGACAAUUUGUUUUGCAAACAUAUAGCCUCUUACAGUCAAGGGUAACAUUUUAAUAGAGCCAAUGAUAUAUUUUUUAUAAACAUUUGAUGUAUUUUAAAUGUUAUUUUAUAAUAUCGAAACAUUAUGUACAUUUUACUCUCAAGACUUUUUUAUGGUUUCAUUCAGACUUCGUUUGACGGGUAAAUGACUUAUACCAUUUCACCAUUCUGUAUAGUCUCAUUCUCACGUGUAUGCAAUCAACACAAAAAUUUAGCCGUGUUAUAUGAUAAAAUGUGUAUAUUUAAUUUCGUGAAAUAAAGUUAUUUGUUGACCCUAA